GUUUAUUAUCAGAUCAUGUGGGAGACCGUAGUUUUGCUGAAUCAUGUCUGUUCUUCAUAUCUGCAAUUGGAAUUUCAUUCUCAAGCAUUUUCAAGCCAAAGUCAACCAAAAAUGCUUCCGCGACUGAAUCUGAUUGCUGCUACUUGUGAGGGAAUGGGAAUUGGAAUCAACGGACAUUUGCCCUGGUGCCUGAAAAAAGAAAUGGCAUUUUUUACUUACAUGACAUCUAAAACAAAACAUCCGAAUAAAAAAAAUGUCGUUCUUAUGGGAAGAAGGACCUGGGAAUGUAUUCCUCCUAAAUACAGACCACUGAAAAACAGGAUAAACAUUGUUUUGACAUCUCAAGUAUUAUUCUUCUUGAAAAUCCAUCUAAAAAUGGGAUCAAAAAGAGCAGAGAAAAAGAAACGUCUUCAGAGGCCGUUCGAUACGACAGUUUUUAAUUUAGCACAGGCUCUUCCUCACUUUUUUGACGAAUGUAGAAUCCCUAAGCAUAGUACAAGUUGUGACCAACUGUUGGCGCUACGUGCCGGCACACGCGAUUGAAUUUGAAGGUUUGAAAAUUCAAAGUGUCAAACGUGCCGGUGUCGUUCCCGGGUGUCAAUCGUCGCGUCAUCCGAAGCAUCACCAGUUUCCGAAGGACGAAAAGCAGCGUGUUUUGUGGUUAAAAGCCGUGUCAAAUCCGAAUUCACCAGGAAGCGGUGGUUCGGUUAGAAAAAGUUCUAGAAAAGUGUAGGUAAUUACGCUGGAGCAGUGGCCGAAAGCAUACACAAAAUGAAUGUAAAAAAGAUACGAGAAGAAUGUUUCGGAAAGGAUUUAGGUCCUAGUAUUAUAGAAGAAGAGUAAAAUAAAAUUGAUAUGAUAAAUCAUGAAAUUUUGGAGGAGCAAUGGGCAGAAGAUAAAGAGGUGUCUAAAGAGGCGUCUUCUUCAAAGAAGAAGAAAGAUAAUUUGAAAGUGAGGGCCUCAAAACGUUUGAUUCGGAAGCGCAAAGAAUUGGAUCGUAAGACCUUUGCAAUGUACGAGGAGCUUUUGAGUGCAAGAAAAGAAUUCGAUAAUUUGAAAACUAAAAAUAAACGUUAUUGUUUUUCAUAUAUUAUACAUAAUCUCAAUUUUUAAAUCUAAUAUAAAAAAGAAGCAAAACAGUAAAUUUCAAAGCAUCAAUGUGUGAAGACAUUUAUUAUUGUAUUAUAUAUUAAUUUGAGAAUCGUUUGUACAUAUAAAUAUUUGCAAAAUUGAUUUCUUGCUCUUCGCAUGAAUAGGGUAACCAAAAUGAAAAUAUGUGGUAGUAUUUGAAAUUCUGUUAAAAUUGCUUAUUUUCGGUAAUAUAAUCUUUAUACUGUUGCACAGUUACUAACGUAAGUACGCUAUGAGUUUUCUACAUAUCCACUUUUUGUAAAU